GUGCCUGUGUAUUUAAGUACAUGGGUGAGACAGAAAAACGAAGAUGAGACGAGAGACACACACGAGAUAGGAUGUGUGUGAAUGAGUGAGAGUGAGAGAGGGUGAGAGAGUGUUUGUUGAUAAGUUUCUGUAUGUAACUGUGACUGUGUGUGCGUGUGUAUAUGAAUAAGUUGGUUGACACCACUAGUAAAGUAAAAGGUAGAUAGAUAGAUAGAUAGAUAGAUAGAUAGAUAGAUAGAUAGAUAGAUAGAUAGAUAGAUGGGAAUAGAUAGAUAGAUAGAUAGAUAGAUAGAUAGAUAGAUAGAUAGAUAGAUAGAUAGAUAGAUGGGGAUAGAUAGAUAGAUAGAUAGAUACAUACAUAUAUACAUACAUACAUACAUUGAUAAAUAGACACACACACAAACACAUACACACACACACACAUACACACACACACACACACACACACACACACACUCAGACGUAGUUUCAUCUAAUUUUAGAUACCACUAAACAUUGUUGCUUUCAGUCUGUCUGUUUGUCUCUGUCUCAUUUCCGUUUUUCUAUACUUCGGACCGUUCCCUAUUCUGCCAGACAUUUUAGUUGCUAUGGAUUUAAUUUUUGCUCAGCAUCAGAAACAGUAAAGUAUGAAUUUUAAAAUUGUUUUCCUUUACUUUCUGGUUCCCUUGUUUUCUGGUAUCUUUGUGUCGUGUAUGAACGUUACAGAACCUCCGACACCAAUUUGCGGCCAGGCGAAGCAGGAAAAACAAAAGACCAGAUGUUUGCUUGCUAAAAUUCAAGUCACACUCGUAUUUUUUGUUUAUGCCGAGUUUUUCUCAAUUCAUGUUCGUCUGAAUACUUGUGAACGCAAUUUCAUCGUAGAAAACAACCAAGAAGGGCAUUUUAAUAUUACGUUAUAUUCAAUCAGCGCAAUGUUUUUUGAUGUCCGUCACGUUGAAGCAUCCCGAUAUCAUUCAAAAUUUUGUCUCUAUCAAGAUAAGAAGCGGGGUUUCUUCAGCAUCAGUCUGGGAUGCUUUGAGAAAUGGUGGCCGCAACAAACGAAGUUUUUAGUAAAAGAGGACGUAAAACGAUGAUUAAUGAAACUAAAACAUAGAUGCUACUCUAGUGCCAAAUUGAUUUUUCUGUCUUUGUCUUUAAUCUUCUACUUGUUUCGGUCAUUGAACGGCCCCUGUGCUAGGGCACUACCGUGAAGGAUUCUUCUUAUCGAACAAUUCGACUCAAGUACUUACUUUUAUAUAUGGUACUUAUUUUAUCAGUCUUUUUUUUUUUUGCCGAAAUGCUAAGUUACGGGAGUAUUAACAAGCCAACGGGUCCCGCGCCGUAUGACUGAACCUGAAAUCAUGCGAUUGCAAAGCAUGAGCUUACCCAUACAGCCAUGCUUGCCUGUACGCGUGUGUGUGUGUAUUCGCGCGUGAGUGCGUGUGCGUAUGUGUGUGCAUGUAUGUGUGUGUGAAAAUGUGUUCCACAUUUAUACAUAUAUUUUUAUUCGAAUAAAACAAAUUUUCUUUCUUAA